CACUAAAAAGGCGCAGCAAACAAAAGCUGUGCUAGCUCGUUCUGCAUGUAUAUCUUAUUCUCUUAUUGAUCUUGAUUCAAGUGAGGAAUAUGUUGAUUCCAAUGAUAAUUCAGAUAAAAGUUCGGAUAACAAUUUUAUGGAGCUGGACGACCUUGUGAAAAAUAAAUCAUUCAUCAAGUGA